AUGACUGCAUCACUCGAGCAUAUUGAGCGACUUAUUCACGAGGACGAAAUGAAGUCAUUCCAGGACCUAACGACAGAGCUUCGCAAGGCCCGCUCCGAAUUGGAGGAAAUUGAACGCCAGCGCCCAUGGGUAAUGCCAGUCAUUAAAGGAACGGAUGCAUCAACGUCAACGACAACAUCGUCCCCGGCAUCGCACGACGCGCGUCCAUCUUCACCAGCAGCGCGUUCAGAUCACACACCUGAUGCACACCAAGACCGCCUAGGUGCGUCGUCCCGACCGUUUCCCAUCGUGCGCCCACCGAGUCAUGAUAAUCGGCCAACACCAUUGCCAUCAACCAAUCCACCUCCGUUAUCACCACCUCCCGUAUCGAAUCUCGCUGUUCUCUCGGCAAACAACGGCAGUCCGAGUCCUGCCACUUCCAUGCCCUCUCGGCAAUCUCCCCUACAAGCGCCAGGAGCGGCGACAACAGCACUGGCGACCGCGGUACCGUGUGGGACAGCGACAUCGAUGACACCAACACCAGCGACACCCAUGCCGGUCUCGGGGUCGGUCGCGCCAACACCAGCCGGAACGAUGAAUGGGAUGUCCUCACUCAACACAACCGAAAGCCUCACUAAGACGAGCAUUCCCACACAACCAUUACCCCUUGUGGUACCGAUUGCAUGCGUGCCGCGACUAACAGCACUAGGUAUCAAUCUUGUGCCAGCGCCGCACUUAGUUCCAGCCCUGUCGCUGGCAAGUGCUGGCCAGUCGGUGGCGAUGAAUGCCGGAUUGACAGCGCCCCGCCCAGUGAUUGGCGCACAAAACGAACCCGUGCUGCUUGUUGGUAUUACUGAUGCCCCUGCAUCACUACCCCCUGCUGCUAACCAAGCAUCGCGGCAACGCCUGCAUCUCAGCGUUGUCCUGUCGAAGUUGCGGCCCGACCAGCUCAGUGGUCUCGCCAACAUUAUGCAGUCUCUGCAAGCGGAUGACGAGAAUACGAGCAAAUAG